AAAACACUAAAACCGCUGUCGUUAACCAUCAAGUUAAACUGUACAUAACCUAAAAUUCAAAACGUAUUUACACAUUUUCGGUUUAAAUUUAUUACAUUAUACUUUAAUUUAAUUUAGUGCUUAUGCUGUGCGUAUGUUGUUUAUAUGCAUAUAUUUCAUGUGCAUAAAUGGGUAGCGAAAAUGGUCUUAAAAAGAACUUUGGUAAUUGUUCUCUAUGUUACUUCGAUGUUUAUUUUCGGUUUUAUUUUGAAAUACAGUGAUGUUUUGAGUGAUUUCUUAUAUUCCUUAAGUCCAAUUGAUACCAGGCAAGAGUUCGACUAUAUUGUGGUAGGAGGAGGAUCAGCUGGUUCUGUUAUUGCUAAUCGACUCGCGCGAAAUGCACAGGAUAGAGUGUUGGUUCUAGAAGCAGGAAAAAAUACUAUGGGACUGUUACAUAUUCCUUCUGUAGGAUUACUGCUGCAGGGGACACCAUUUGACUGGUCAUAUAAGACAGUGCCUCAACAAAACGCUUGCUUGGCGUUAAAUAAUAAUGUGAGUGUAUGGCCUAUGGGUAAAGUACUGGGUGGCACUAGCAUGUUAAAUAACAUGUUAUAUGUUCGAGGGCAUGAGGAAGACUUUAAAGAAUGGUUUAAAGGGAAAGAGGAUUACAGCUAUGAUGAUGUUAUGGCUUACUAUAAAAAACUGGAGGUGUUCGGAACACCGAAGGAAAAAGACCCGAGUCGCUUUGAUGCGCCCGUUUUCAUCAGAGAUCUAAUAUUUUCUACUGAUCUAAAUAACAUUCUAUUGAAAGGUGCUAAAAACCUGGGUUUUCCAGUAUUGGAUACCAAUUUCAACAGUAAACUUGGAUUUAACAUUCCUAAAGCCAACCUGCAUAACGGUAAACGAUGGACAUCUACCGAUCAGUUAAAGAAAAAUACUAAUUCAAACUUACUGAUCCGAACAAACUGUUUUGUAAACAAGGUAAUCAUCAAUGUAGGUUUUGAAGCCCAAGGAGUAGAAUAUUCCUAUUUGGGAAAAAAAAAUUCCGCGUACGCAAAAAAAGCAGUUAUACUAUCAGCUGGUGUUAUUGGAACCCCAAAGAUUUUAAUGUUGUCGGGAAUUGGUCGAAAACAUCACUUAGAUGAUUUGAAAAUCCAUACAGUUGUAGAUUUACCUGUGGGAGAUAACUUGCAAGAUCACGUUACAACAGGUUUUGAUCUUGUAUUGCUUAAUAACAGUCUCAGUCUCAGCUUAGAACGAAUAGUAUCUCCCUUCUCAGCAUUGGAAUAUUUUUUUAAAGGUUCCGGCCCAUGGUCUUCUACAGGGUGCGAAGUGAUGGCGUAUUUUGACACAGGAAGCAAAAAUGUUUCUCAAAAGUCUGGAAGGCCAGAUCUUCAGUUUAUGAUCAUGCCAUUGGGCAUAACGGAAGAUAGUGGUUAUUAUUUGAGGAAACUUAUGGGAAUAUCAGAUCUCGUGUGGUCGCGAUAUUUUUCGAAAAUCCAAAAGAAAAGCAUGACGAUUUUGCCGGUAUUGCUUCACCCAAAAAGUAACGGGAUUGUAAGAUUGAAAGACAAAAACCCAUCAACGGAGCCGUUCAUAGAUCCCCAGUAUUUAACGAAUCGACAGGACAUCGAAGUACUGAUCAGCGGCAUCAGAUUAAUACAAAAUCUUCUAAAAACGCAACCUCUCGCGUCUUUUGGAGCAGAUUUUAACACUCAUGCAUUUCCAGGUUGCGAAGAAUUUCCGUUUGACAGUGAAAAAUAUUGGGAAUGUUACAUCAGACAACUAACGAUCACUUCUUAUCAUCCAGUAGGGACAUGCAAAAUGGGUAGAAAGGAGGAUGCUUCUACCGUUGUUGAUUUUACAUUCCAGGUUAAAGGCAUCAAUAAAUUAUAUGCGGUUGAUGGUUCUGUGCUUCCUACUUUGCCCAGCGGCAAUAUCAAUGGUCCGAUUAUGAUGUUGGCCGAAAUGGCUGCAGAUCUAGUUAAAAAAGCCCAUUAUUUAAGUUACAAACAGUGUGUACUUAUGGAUUUAUUUGUUCCUGAAACUAUGUGUUAGACUGAGUAGUCAAUAAAAUUAAUCGUUUUCUAAUCAGUUGAUUAAAAUAAUAUAACAAGAUGAAUGUUUUAAAGAGUUUUACAUAUGAAGGAAUGAGGUAUUUUAAGACAUCUUUACCGCAUUUGUUAAACAUUGUAGAUCCAUUACUAUCGAAAAUAAAAACAAAGUAAAAAGUU